UAAUUUGAAGGAGCCCGGCCCGCGCAUGGUCUGAAAGCACGCAUCUUCGACCACGUGGCAAAGAAACUCUCAGCUACCAAAUCAGACGGACAUCAUUCAUGGAGGUGUAUUCACCUGAUACAGCUUGAAGCGCAUGCAGCACCGAAUGCAUACUCUACUUGUUAAUUCUGAACCUUGAAGCUUCGAAGCUGUUAUUGAUCGGGAGCUAGUUAAUUGAAUUAAUCUGAUUUUCAAAAUGGCCGAAGAAUCGACCCCUCCGAUCAGGUUGAUGAAUUUUGUAUCCGAGGAUCAGUUGGAUCAAGCAAAAAAAGCAAGGGGUGAACGAGUCGAGGAUGGUACUGCCCAGAGAGAUAGACCUCUCUUCGAGAUUUUGAAGGAGAACAAAGACAAAAAGGAUGCAGAAUUUAAUGAACGCUUCAAGCAUAGACCACCCAAAGCCUUGGAUGAAGACGAAACUGAGUUCCUUGAUAAAUGGGAGAUGUCUAGGAGGGAAUACGAGCAACAAGUGGCAGAUGAAGAGACCCAACAACUGCGGAGUUUCCAAGCAGCAGUUGCAGCACAGUCUACUAUUGUACAGGAACUGAAGGAAACAGCCCCUGCUCCUGUGGUCCAGGAACAGAAACCAACUGGGAGGAAAAAUCCGCCCACUCGUCCGUUAGGCAUGAUAAUAAAAGUCAAGCCACAAGCAAAGAAAGCGAAGAUAGAUCAUGGAAGUGUUGAAGAACAUUCAGAUAUGGUGAAAAAACCUGAUGUUAAUACAGAAAAAUCACCAGAUCCUAUGAAAACAUCUAAUGGUGAUACUGCUAACUCUAACGAUGUAGCAAAAACAUGUCUAGUUACAUACAGUGAUGAAAGUGAAGAUGAUGAUUAGUAGUUCAGUUUUCCUAUAUGAGGACAGUAGUGAGUUCUUUAGUUAAUUUUUUC